AUGCAGUUAGAGAAUCUGGUCGAUUUGGGAAACUACACAUGUGAGGCGACCAAUCGUCAAACAGGCGCAGUCUACCAUGCCAAAUAUCACGUGACGCAAGCUUCACCCUCUGAAGAGGAAGAAACAACGUACCAAAUAGGAUGGCUUGGUCAGUUUCUUUUGUGUUGUCUCAAAAUUUUACUUGUCCAUUUAUACUUGGUAUAUUCUGCUCAUUUUCAGACAGAGAAAGCG